GUACGACGAGACACAUGAUGUGACGGCCGGCUGCGCGUCCUCGCACACGCCCGUACGGCAGCCCGAGUUCGAAGGAGGUGUUGCUCCCGUUUCAGCAUCGGAUUUGCGUGCACUGCGAGGCUUGGCCCCCAGUGCACUGUGCACAACGCAACGCCUGAGCCUCGACGGUGGUUUAGCCGCUGAACCACACUGCCACCACCGUUGCCCGACGACAUCUACAUCCACCGCACCCUCGACACUCCACGUGCCCUUCACUUUCUGCGCCAACCUCGAACGUGUGAUCCUGCGCCAUGGUGCGCCCACAGCCAAUCGGCAUUGAGUGAACAUUGAGAAUUCAACUUCACGUGUUCACCACUUGCCGACACUUUACAUAUGCCCCCUUCUCACAACACACCUUUCUUGAUGGCAUGGCACUACCAACCAUGUUGCAUUCCAAAGUGACCCCUCUGGACGGCUCCAAGAAGCACGCUCAGCCGCUGCCCGGCACGCUGCAGGUCGACAAGCACGCCGCUCACGGCAACGGUGAUGCUGAGGCGCAAGUCGAAUUGCAACAACCCGUUUCUUCAUCAACUGCGGGUGAUAGUGAAGUCGAUAAUGAAUCGGAAGGCGGCGAUGUUGAGAGCAUUCUCGGCGACAUACUCGAAAGUGCUGAGAUUCAGCCAUACAUCAAUGAUGGGAGCACGGAUAUAGAUGAGCGCGAGAUCGCUGCCCUCCUGGCCUUUUUGCGCGAAAAGGGCCCCGAAGAGUUCUUCAAGGAAACCAUCGAUGUGAGACAAUAUCCGCCUCGAGUGCUGGGCAUUGCAUUCGGGAUCGAUCCUACUCUGGACAUCGAAGAUGACCUGUUCCUCCGACUACUUGGCCAUGCAGUCGUUCGCUUUUUCCACAAGCGACAGAAGCUCCGGGAGUACAACACCCUUGACGAUGCAGCCAGACUAAUCAAAGAGAGGAAGAACAUCCUGGUCAUCACUGGCGCCGGCAUAUCGACAUCGCUGGGCAUUCCAGACUUUCGAAGUAAAGGCACAGGCUUCUACGACAAAGUUGCUGCAUUGGGUUAUAGUGAGCCUCAGGACGUGUUCGAUAUUGUGGAGUUCGACAACGACCCCAGCCUGUUUUACAAACUAGCAGGAGACAUUCUGCCAGACCAAAAGAAAGGCGUCACACCGACUCAUGCCUUCCUCAGACUGUUACAGGACAAAGGGCAUCUGUUGAGGAAUUAUACUCAAAACAUCGACGAUCUCGAGGGCUUGGCUGGGCUCUCUCGAGACAAAAUAAUACAAUGCCAUGGAAGCUUUGCGACAGCCACAUGCCGCAAGUGCAAGACUAAAGUCGAUGGAAAGGCGAUCUUCUCGGACGUUCGCGCUCAGCGAAUCGCACGGUGCAAAAAAUGCAUUGAUGACCUGAAGACGAGACCCGAACCGCAGCUCAAGCCACGGAAGCCCACGAAUUUCGAUAGUGACGACGAGGACGAAGACGACAGCAUUCCGGAGCCUGGUGUCAUGAAACCUGAUAUCACCUUCUUUGGCGAGCAGCUCCCGGAUACUUUCUUCGACCGCUUUACAAAGGAAGAUGCGAAGCAGACUGAUUUAGUCAUCGUAAUUGGAACUUCGCUCAAAGUUGCACCAGUUUCAGACAUGGCCGAUUACCUAAAUCACUCGAUUCCUCAUAUCUACAUCUCAUUGGACCCCAUCAAGCACAUUUCGUUUGAUAUCCAGCUGCUGGGCAAAUGUGACGAUGUCGUUGCCGAGCUGUGUCGACGCGCGGGCUGGAAUUUGAAGCACGAGUGGGUGUCGAAAAUUCCGCCUAAUGUCUCACAAGCUGAGGGAUCAGAGCACGUUUGGAACAUCGUGGCAAAGGAUGAGCAACCUCAGGAGAAGCCGAAGCUGGGCGGAAGUACGUCACGGGCAACGACGCCUGCUCGAAAUGGCGGCGAGAAUGAUGGGAAAGCUUCGAAGAAGAGGCCAGCCUCGGUCUCCAUGGUCAGCGAACGACCGAAGAAGAUUGGAGACGUGGUCGACUUGUCAGGUGAUUAGGCUGUACUGGACAGGUUGACUAAGUCUCAUGGCUACAUUCGCGGCAAGAGUCGUGGUUUGGCAAUGUUUUAUGAAGUUCAAUGAUUGGGCAUCUUCUAGCGAGGCGCACCUUUGGAAGCGGUGUUUCGGUGUAGUGUACAACUGCAUAGUACAGAAUUGCAGUCUCAUGUUCGUACCAGAAAACUGCACGUCUUUUUUUCUCGGCAU